GCAGCCCCUGUGCACGCAUAGGUCUCUCUGACGCUGACUGCACAGGCAUCUUGGUGCAAAUCACAAGGCGGCUUUCUGCUUCCUGUGUGGGAAGCAGACUGAAGAGGAAGCUGAGCCUGCUCCCCUUUCCUAUGCCCACCUCCCCCGGCCGAAUACACCAGGGCCCCUAGCAGCUGAGUGCUCAGAGCACGCACUUCUUCAGGGCGACCACAGUGUCUGUAAAAGGGGACGGUCCUGCAUGUCUGGGCAGGAGGCCGGCAGGGGUCCCUGCCCUAGACGUACGUCCCCAUGCUGGGGCUGGGCUAUUUGGGUGGAACCAGGCCUUCACUUCCCAAGCUUUCCUGGGAUGACUCCAGAGGACAGAGACGAGUAGACCCAGCCCCAGGACCAUGAACAACAGCACCUGCCCCAUCUCCAGCUCCCCGCUGGCCAAGCACAUCUGCCACGCCUACCUGGGCCUGCUGCUGGUGCUGGGCCUGCUGCUCAACGGCCUGGCGCUCUGGGUGUUCUGCUGCCGCCUGCGCAAGUGGACGGAGACCCACAUCUACAUGGUCAACCUGGCCGUGGCCGACCUCUGCCUGCUCUGCUCUCUGCCCUUCAUGCUCUCCUCCCUGAAUCAGCCCAACGACGAAGACACGGUGUUCUGCCAGCUCUCCCAGGGCAUCUACCUGGCCAACAGGUACAUGAGCAUCAGCCUGAUCAUGGCCAUCGCUGUGGACCGCUACGUGGCGGUGCGGCACCCGCUGUACGGCCGCGGGCUCCGCUCCCCGAAGCAGGCCGGGGCCGUGUGUGCGGUGCUCUGGGUGCUGGUGGUCGGCUCCCUGCUGCUUCGCUGGGUCCUGAAGGAUCAAGAGGGCGGCUUUUGCUUUGGGAACACCUCCCGGCAAAACCCCCAAACCGUGGUCUUCUCGCUGUUGGGCUUCUACCUGCCGCUGGCCGUGCUGGUCUUCUGCUCUCUGCAGGUGGUGACUGCCCUGGGCCAGAGGCCAGCUGCCGAUGUGGGCCAGGCGGAGGCCACCCGGAAGGCUGCCUUCAUGAUCUGGGCGAACCUGGUGGUGUUCGUGGUCUGCUUCCUGCCCUUGCACGUGGUGCUGACUUGGUGGUUGGCCAUGGGCCUGAGCACCUGUGCCGUUCAGGACGCCCUCCGCAUUACUGGCAAGAUCUCGGAUGCCAAUUGCUGCCUGGAUGCCAUCUGCUACUACUACAUGACCAAGGAGUUCCAGGAGGCAUCCGCAUUAGCCGGGGCGCCCUCCGCCAAGGCUCACAAGAGCCAGGACUCUCUGUGUGUGACUCUGGCCUAGGAGACGACCCAGGCGUGUGGGGACCAGAUCCAGGGCUCCCCAGGAGGUGCUGCCUGCUGGGGUGGGGGGAGGGGGGCGGCUGUGACUAGUGGUGAAGAGCCACAGGAUGGGGCCCUGAGCUCACCAUGGGCGUGGACACUCUCUAAGAAGCCUGCUGGGCAGGGAUGACCCAGGCAUGGAGCCUGGAAGUUAACAACCCUAUCCCUGAGAUGGAAUUCAGAUGGGGCAAGGGCAAAAGGACUGAGGCCUGAGCAAGGCCACCCCAGGGACUUUGGGAUGAGCCUGCCCACCUGCUGUGUCCAGAGCCUGGUGGGCAUUGGGGUGGGGGGGAUACCUGCUGGGUCCUGCUGCCUCUCUGAGAUCAGAAUAAAGCUGUCCACCGGGGCUGAUCCUGA